AUGCACAUGCCAGCCUCAGUGGGCGCCACAGCCAGUCAGCCUCUCCAGCCACACAUCCCACUUCAAGCCGCAUCGACCAUGGAAUCUCAGCCCGUGUCAGCUCAAACUCAAAUCGCAAAUCUCUCCAGAGCCGGUCCUCGCGCCCCCAAAAGUGAAGAGCAACGCAUCGAAGAAGGUCGACUGCCUCUUGUGAUGGAGCACGAAGAAAUGCCUAUCCAUCGCCCUAGUGGCUCUUCCUCUGGAUCGGACGAAGACACAGUCCCCUCCUCUGCAUAUCCGUAUUCGUCGACUUCCUACGACCCGUCCGAGGGCCCCGUCACCUAUACCCCUGCUUCGUCCAUUUCAGCAUAUACUCCGGCUGGUUUUUCCUCCAGCCUAUCUUCCUGGAACUCAUACGGGCCCAGACCAAGAGGUGGGAGCGGUGGUCCUCCUCCGGUAAACAUGGAGCGAUCAUUUUCGGCCGAUCCCCAAACGGCUUCAGCAGAACUGCGUGCUUCAAGGCCAGGAGCACCUUUGCGGACUCCUUCGAAUACCUAUGCUCCUCCUCGUAGACCUCCGCAAUUCCUUUCUCUCAAUUCGAAGCGGAUGCACUCAAACACGAUGCGAAGCUCGAGGAGGGACCCAAAUGCGCAGUACAAGGCGCAGGAGAAGGCUUACGUUCAGCGGGUUCGACAACAGCCACCAGAGUGGCUGGACAAUGACCCUCGAACGCCGAGCAUUGGGUACAGCACAGAUGACGAGACGGAUGAUGAAUCCCCUUCAGCCGAGCACCACUUCGACGACCCUUAUGACCCGGAAACAUUGAUGUUCCUGGGAACCGAUGAUAACCUUCAGCCGUCGGAAGAGGAACUACAGAACUCGCAAAACCGAGAACGGCUCGAGUGGCAUUCCAUGUUGGCCUCGGUGCUCAAAGGCGACGUUGUCAAGCAAGAGAAGCAGCGGCUCAUUGGGACAACCGAGCAAAAGUCCCGGUCCGAGAUUGGCGCCGAGAUAUGGAUAGGUGCGAGAGCCAAGUACUAUGGGCGUCCGUUGCAAAUGCAGAAGAAGUUGAUUGAAGAAGGCCGUGCCAACCUGGGCCCCGUCAUCGAAAGCAUCAUAGCUUUUGAGAUAAAAGGAGAAACUGUGGUUGGCAAGUCGCCCUUGGAGCAGGUUGAAGAGGCGGUGUCAAACAUUGAGAAAACCGAAUGGCUAUACUCCUCGAGGAGAGAACUGGAAGCUGCUCAACCCAGAGCCGCUUCCGAUGCUUAUCGAGAGAGUUGUGAUGCCAUUGUUUCCUGGCACAAUAUCACUCAGUCGAUCAACACGGAGCUCGGUGUUCUUCAGGCUUGGGUCGGGAAUCCGGAAUUGGAUUUUACCAAGCAAAAGCGUCGGUUGAGCAGCGGGGGAGACUUGUCGGACGAUUCUUCAUUCAUUGACCGAAUCUUAAAGGAAGAUGGGCUGAAGUCACUCCAAGGGGACGAGAGCAUGUUCAAGGGGAUCAGCGAGGUUAUUACGAAAGCGAAAAGCACCCUCAUUGAGAACGCUGGAGCCUUUGCCGCUCGACAUCUACCGCCUUAUAUCGAAGAACUCCUGACUCUGAUCAAUUUCCCUUCCCGGCUGAUCCAGGAGAUUAUUCGGAUGCGGUUAUUGUAUGCGAAGAAAAUGAAGGAAUCCGCCCAGCAAUCUGUUAUGAUCAUUGAUCAAAUGAUCGCCCAAUUUCAAAUCCUGAUGCGUCUGGCAUGCCUCAUUAAGCAAGAGUACCUGGCGAUUUCGCAUCCCGAGCUGGGUUGGGAUCUCCCUCCCUGUAUCGACGAGACAUUUGACUCGGUCAUUGUGGAAGCCCUCAAAUUCUACUUCAAAAUGCUGAACUGGAAACUGGGUGCCAACAAGAACACCUUCCGCGAAGCAGAGAUUCUCGAACAGGAAUGGGGAUUUUCCAAUGAGAUUGGACGGCAACUCCAAAGCGGAGACAUCGAAGUCGCGGAACAAUUUAGUUCUCUGACGGCCAAGUCUCUGCUUCGACUGACCGCAUCCUUCGAACGUGAGCUUCGAAGCAAACCGGAUGAAAGCCCACAAGAGAUGGAGAAGCGAUACAAGACCAUCUUGGAUUCGGUUCGUGUUCGUCAACGAAAACUCUUCCGUUUUUCGCGCAUAUUGAGGCAGCGAUUUGAGAAUGCGACCGAGUUCAAUUUGGGAAUGGAUGCAGAGCACAUGCAAGGCUUUACCGAGUCACUGAUUUUGUCGGGCCAUUUCCUCGUGGAGAUGGGAUCCAACAGUGCCAAAGGGGUCCACUUCGUGGCCUCGCCGUCUCUUUGGAACAGACCCAAAGAAAUUCAGUCCAUUCUGGGCACAUCUUUCCAUGCCGAUGAUGCACCGGAAGACCCCUCGAAUCCUUACAUCUUGGUGAUCAGGCCCGAAGACGUCAUGCCGUGGGAAGGGCCCCGAAUGGAUGUGGACGUUCGGGACCUGCCGAAUGACGUUAGAUUAGGACGACUUCGGCUUGUGGCCGACGGGUCUUCUCUGCGAUUGCAAAAUGCGCGAAUGGAAUUUGCCAAUGCGGUCGGUCGAGAACUUGAUGUGGUCAUUGAGCAGAGGGCCAAUUUGUCACGUGUCAAUCUGGAGCUGGGAAAAAUCAAAAAGACCACCUUCAAACUCUCGAAUACGAUCAUGGAGAGCGUCGAAGUCAUUCGAUCUCAGAAUGGCGGCAUCGCUAGUCCCGAGUUGGUCCAAUCUUGCUUCGCUUUCGCGACCGAAUUCGGCAAACGAUCUCUCACAUACAUGGAUGCCAACAGACGAAUGAUGAAUAAUUUGAAGCUCACAAGACUGGCUCUGGACUGGGUGAGUUUUAUUUGCGACGACUGUGAUGCUGCCGAUCGAAGAACGUUCAAGUGGGCGGUGGUGGCAUUGGAGUUUGCCAUGGCCAUGACACGCGGAAGAAAUAUUGUGGACAUCAGUGAAGAGGAUUACAAACGCAUCCGAGUCAAGGUCGCAGGCUGCAUGUCGGUCCUGAUCUCACAUUUCGACAUCAUGGGUGCCCGAUCGACAUUGGCGGCCCAACAGGAGAAAUCCCGGAUGGAAGCCAUGACCGGAAUGAACAAACGUCUCGAUUUCAAUAAAAUGAGGAACGAUGAAGAUUGCUGGAAGGAAAUGUGUGAGCAACGGUUGGCCCAGUUGAAAGUGAUCGACCAAGUUCGAGAAGAACGCGGAACGUCGAAGACUACUCUUGGACGCGUGUUGGAAGGAUCCAACGAAGCUGAUCGGUCGCUGACGUUCUUGUCGUCUUCCGCAACGAACAUCACGAUGAGAUGGCAACAAGGUCAAUUUGUGGGCGGGGGUACUUUUGGCUCCGUCUACGCCGCUCUCAAUCUUGAUACUGGAACGUUGAUGGCCGUCAAGGAAAUCCGACUGCAAGACCCACAACUCAUCCCCACCAUUGUGAAGCAAAUCGGCGACGAGAUGAGUGUGCUGGCGGUUCUUGACCAUCCGAAUAUUGUCUCCUAUUACGGCAUCGAGGUACAUCGUGACAAGGUCUACAUCUUUAUGGAAUAUUGCUCCGGUGGAUCGGUUGCCGGUCUUCUCGAACAUGGUCGCAUUGAGGAUGAGACCGUCAUCAUGGUAUACGCCCUGCAGAUGCUGGAAGGAUUGGCAUAUCUGCACCAAGCACAUAUUGUGCACCGAGAUAUUAAGCCCGAAAACGUCCUCCUUGACCAUAACGGCGUGAUCAAAUACGUCGAUUUUGGCGCGGCCAAGAUCAUCGCUCGGCAAGGUCAAACCAUGAUGGCUCUAGAGCCCGCCCAGCGCGCCAAUGGCGAGGCCGGCCAUAUGGCGAACAACGCCGGCGUUCCCAGACAGCCACAGAAAACCAUGACAGGAACGCCAAUGUAUAUGUCGCCAGAAGUCAUUCGAGGGGAUGGACCGGCGACCUCUCGCUUUUCCGGAGCCGCCGAUAUCUGGUCCCUGGGCUGCGUGAUUCUUGAAAUGGCCACAGGGCGUCGCCCUUGGUCGACACUGGACAACGAAUGGGCUAUCAUGUACAACAUUGCUCAGGGAAAUCCACCCCAAAUGCCGACCGAGGACCAACUUAGUGAGAUGGGAAUUGAUUUCUUGAAGAAAUGCUUUGAACGAGACCCGGCCAAGAGAAGUUCGGCAGCCGAAUUGUUGCAGCAUCCUUGGAUUGUUGAAAUCAGACGGCUGGUGGUGGAUGAUCCGGAUGCUCAAACACCAAGAAGUGAUACCAGCACCUCAAGCGGAGGAGUGACGCUGCCGAGUCGACAGAACUCUGGUGCAGGGAAUAUUCAGCAAUGA